UGGUAGUUCCGGAUCCAAAUUCAACAGUGUCAAUAAAGAAGUCUGAUAUCACUGAAAAUCCAAAAUCCAUGGGCGACUAAGAUCUGAGUCCUCCGUCUUCUUCAAUUCAUUUCUUGAUUAUCGAGAUUUACAAUGGCUUCCAUAAACUAUUAUUUCCUACUCGCGAUUAUACUUUUCCACAGUUAUCGACUCGCGAUUGCUGAUUCUUCUAUUCAAGGAUGUGGUGGAUUCGUUGAGGCGAGUUCAGCUUUGAUAAAAUCGAGGAAGCCAACGGAUGCGAAAUUGGAUUAUUCUCACGUUACGGUUGAACUACGGACGUUGGAUGGGUUGGUUAAGGACCGGACACAAUGUGCUCCUAAUGGUUACUACUUCAUUCCAGUUUACGACAAGGGUUCUUAUGUAAUCAAAAUCAAGGGACCCGAGGGAUGGACAUGUGCCCCCGAACAGGUUCCUGUUGUUGUUGAUCAUGCUGGUUGCAAUGCCAAUGAAGAUAUAAAUUUUCGAUUUACUGGGUUCACGUUGUCCGGAAGAGUCGUGGGAGCAGUUUCUGGGGAUAGCUGUUCAAUUAAAAAUGGCGGUCCAUCAAAUGUGAAUGUCGAGCUUAUGUCUCCCGGUGGGGAUGUUGUCUCUUCAAUCUCAACUACAUCAACCGGAACUUACUCAUUCAAAAACAUUAUUCCAGGAAAGUAUAAAAUUGGUGCUUCACGUCCUGAUUUAAAUAUCGAGAUCAAGGGUUCUGUAGAGGUGGAAUUAGGUUUUGAUAACAGUGUGGUGGAUGAUAUUUUCUUCGUAUCCGGAUAUGAUAUUCGUGGUUAUGUGGUUGCCCAGGGAAAUCCCAUAUUGGGAGUUCAUUUUUACUUAUACUCGGAUGAUGUCUCGGAAGUAAAUUGCCCGCAUGAUUCUGGUAAUGCACCUGGUCUGGGGAGAGCUCUUUGUCAUGCUGUAUCUGAUGCUGAUGGGAUGUUCAAAUUCACAUCAAUACCAUGUGGUAUCUACAAGUUGAUACCUUUCUACAAGGGCGAGAAUACAGUUUUUGAUGUUUCACCUCCUUCAAUGCUGGUCUCUGUUCAGCACGAUCAUGCUAUAGUCCCUCAAAGGUUUCAGGUAACUGGGUUUUCUGUUGGAGGUCGUGUUGUUGAUGGUAAUGGCAUUGGGGUGGAUGCUGCAAAAAUCCUAGUGGAUGGCCAUGAAAGAUCAAUAACUGAUAAAGAAGGAUAUUACAAACUUGAUCAGGUUACAUCACAAAGAUACAGUAUUGAAGCCAAGAAGAAGCACUACAAGUUUGAAACACUAAAUGACUUUUUGGUUUUACCAAACAUGGUUUCAAUUGUUGAUAUCAAAGCUGUAUCAUAUGAUUUAUGCGGCACGGCACAGACAGUUAGUUCUGCUUACAAAGCUAAGGUUGCUCUGACUCAUGGACCAGAGAAUGUCAAACCCCAAGUGAAACAAACUGAUGAAAGUGGCAACUUUUGCUUUGAAGUACCACCUGGUGAAUACCGCUUAUCUGCUUUUGCAGCCACGCCUGAGAGUGCUCCAGAACUUCUGUUUUCUCCAGAUCACGUCGAUGUUAUUGUUAAAAAGCCAUUACUGAGUGUCAAGUUUUAUCAGGCACAAGUCAACGUUCGUGGCUCGGUUGUCUGCAAAGAUAAAUGCGACUCUUCUGUUUCUGUUAUCCUUGUGAAACUGGAUGAUAGAAGGAAAGAAGAGAGAAGGAAAACUAAUUUGAGUGAACAGAGUAGUGAGUUCUCCUUCUCAAAUGUACUUCCCGGGAAAUACAGAGUUGAGGUCAAAAGCAAUUCCCCCGGAACUGCAUCCGGAGAAGAUAUAUGGUGCUGGGAACAAAACUUUAUGAAUGUGGAUGUUGGUGUCGAGGAUGUCGAAGAGAUUACUUUUAUCCAAAAGGGUUAUUGGGUUAGCCUAAUUUCCAGCCACGAUGUGGAUUCUUACUUGGUACAAGCAGACAGUUCUCGAGUGAACUUGAGUAUUAAGAAAGGUUCCCAGAAGAUUUGUGUAAAGUCUUCUGGUGUGCAUGAGCUUCAUUUUGUCGACUCAUGUAUCUCCUUUGGGAGCUCCAUCGUGAGAAUUGAUACAUCAAACCUAUCGCCUAUUAAUUUAAAGGGAGAGAAAUAUCUUCUCAAAGGACAUAUUAGUGUUGAAUCAAACGAGAAUUUACCUGAGAGUAUACCACUUGACAUUGUAGACAAUCAAGAAACGUUAGUUGGUGGUACUAUUGCCAAACAUGUCUCUUCUGGAGUUGAUCAAUCAGGGGCUACCAUCUAUGAGUAUUCUGUUUGGGCUAAUUUUGGAGAAAACCUGAUCUUUGUCCCUCGGGACUCAAGGAAUGAUGUGCAUAAGAAAAUUUUAUUUUACCCAAGACAACAGCAUGUGUCAGUUGUACAAGAUGGCUGCCAAGUUCCAAUCGCUUCAUUUUCUGGUCGGUUGGGGUUAUAUAUUGAAGGAUCAGUUUCACCCCCUCUUUCUGAUGUUUCCAUACGAGUUCUUGCUGAGAGAGAGAGCCAUAUUUCUCAACUUAAGCAAGGCGAUACAGUGCUCGAAACUACCACAGGGACGGAUGGUUUAUUUCUUGCAGGACCUCUCUAUGAUGAUAUAGGUUACAGCAUUGAGGCAUCAAAGCCGGGUUAUUACGUAAAACAAGUUGGACAGUAUUCAUUUUCUUGUCAGAAGCUUGGUCAAAUUUCUGUGCGAUUAUAUUCUAGAGAAGACAGCAUUGAGCCAUUUCCAUCUGUUCUCCUGUCGUUGAGUGGCGAAGAUGGAUAUAGAAACAAUUCAGUAACUGGUGUUGGUGGAACUUUCAUGUUUGAUAACUUAUUUCCUGGAAGUUUUUAUCUCAGACCUUUGUUGAAGGAAUAUGCUUUCUCCCCUCCUGCAGAGGCGAUUGACCUUGGCUCAGGGGAAUCCAAGGAAGUCAUUUUUCAUGCUACUCGUGUCUCGUUUAGUGCCUUGGGCAAGGUAACUUUAUUAUCUGGUCAGCCAAAAGAAGGAGUAUCAGUUGAAGCAAGGGCUGAGGCAAAGGGCUUUUAUGAAGAAACAACAACAGAUUCAUCAGGAAGUUAUCGGCUGAGGGGACUCCAACCUGACACUACAUAUGUUAUUAAAAUAGCAAGGAAGAGUGAGCUUGAUGGCGUACAUAUUGAGCGUGCAUCGCCAGAUUCCUCGACUGUAAAGGUUGGGCAUGAGGAUACAAAGGAGGUAGAUUUUGUGGUGUUCGAACAACCAGAAAUGACAAUUUUAAGUGGUCACGUUGAGGGAGAAAAUAUAAAGGAAGUAGGUUCCCAAAUCAGGGUGGAAAUAAGAUCUGCUAGUGAUCCAUCAAAGGUCGAGUCCGUGUUUCCGUUGCCAAUUUCAAACUUCUUUCAGGUGAAGGACUUACCAAAGGGUAAACACCUUCUCCAGCUUCGAUCUGCUCUCCCAUCCACUACACAUAAAUUUGAGUCUCAAGUUAUUGAAAUCGACUUGGAGAGCCAACCUCAAAUCCAUGUCGGUCCACUUAAUUAUAGGAUUGAAGCGGACAUCCACAACAAGCAGGAAUUGACUCCUGUACCUGUGUAUCAUCUGCUUUCUGGAGUUGCGGUGUUUGCUCUGUUCAUGAGUAUGCCAAGGUUGAAAGAUCUGUAUGAAGCUUUGGUAGGAAUGUACAUGUCUUCUUCAACUGCAAAGAAAGAUGUUAAGAAGUUUACUGUCAGAAAAAAGACAUACUGAAAGACUUAUUAGAGUCUAGUUUGCCCCUUCAAUGGAUAAUUUACUAUAAUUUAAUCUAACAUUAGCCGAACACGCCACGUCACGUCACGGUCUUGUUUGGCUGGACGAUUUUUGGUCUUCCUUCCUUUUGGCUUUCAUUGUGCUCUUUUUUCAUUGCAAUUAAGUUAUAUUUUUAAAUUAUCAGGAAAUGAUAGUCAUUAACAGUGAAGCUUUUCAAGUGUAUUUUUGAUACUCUACCGUAGUGAGCUUAAUUGCAUUUUGUACUUUUAUACUCAACGACUAGAGAAGAGAAGAUGGAAAUAAUCAUAAAUUGUAAAUUAUUAAUCUAUAUUGUCUAGAUUUGAUUCAUUUUUGUUC